AACCCCAAUAAGACAAAGGAAGCCUGUUAAGGAUGAGAGCUGUUUCUCUGCUGGUGCUGCUGUGCUGCAGUUUGUUGGAGGGACAGUCGGUCAGUGUGAAGGACAUCACUCUGAGUCAUUAUGAAGGCAAAGACAACCAGAUUCAGGCUGAGGAUCCCAGAACUGAACGUCCAGCCACAACCUCCACCCAACAAAGCUGCCAGCCGGACAUCCACUCUGCACUGAGAGAGAUGAGCGCUAUGCUGGCAGAGCUGAAAGUUGAGCAGAGACACACGACGACUGCAGUGAACAGCAUGGAGAGCAGACUGAGAGCCAGUGAGAGUCAAGUGGAGGAACUCAAGAGGAAGAAUGAGGAGCAGAGUCAGAUAAACCAAGCUCAAACAGUGAAUCAGAGCACCAUGGAGGCGAGAUUUGGGACUGAACUGGAGGAGCUGAAAAGAAAAAGUGAUGAGGAACUGAAAGACUUGAAAACCUCAUUCAAGGUCACAGAGAACCAAGUGGAGAGCCUGAAACAGGAGAAUCAAGCUCAAAUGGUGAAUCAGAGCACCAUGGAGACAAGAUUUGGGACUGAACUGAAGGAGCUGAAGAGAAAAAAUGAUGAGGAACUGAAAGACUUGAAAACCUCAUUCAAGGUCACAGAGAACCAAGUGGAGAGCCUGAAAGUGGAGAAUCAAGAGAGAAAAGUGGCGUUUUCAGCAUCACUUUUAGUAGAUGGAGAUGGUCAUACUGGGCCAUACAGCACUUUAUUUCCUCUGGUCUACAAAAACGUCUUCACCAACAUCGGCAAAGCUUACAACCCAGCUACAGGAAUUUUCACUGCGCCUGUGAGAGGAGUCUACCAGUUCAGAUUCCACAUCCACGGAUAUAGUGGAAGAGUUGUAGCAGUGCAAUUACAUAAGAAUGGACAUCAGGUAGCUGGAACAUAUGCUUAUCAGGACCAGCACAGAGUGAGUUCCUCUAAUGGAGUCUCACUGUUACUGGAAGUAGGAGACGUCGUCUGUAUUAAACUCCACCCUAAUUCAUGGAUAUAUGAUAGUGACUUUCAUCAUUGCACCUUUAGUGGUCACAUGCUGUUUUCUAUUUGAGCAGUUCAUCUAUAAAUAUUCAAUGGAAAAGAGAGAAAAAAAUGAAUUUCCAUGUACAUGAAAUUGUUUGUAUUCAUUAUUAUUUAUCAUCCUGUUUUUCUUCUUUUUUUCUCAUUUCCAACUGUUCUUUACUAUGAUUUUAGUCACAAAAGGCUAUUUUUUACAUUUUCUUUUUAUUAUCUCAUUUAUUUUUUCAUUUGAACCAGUGUACAAUGUUCUUCUUAUCCUGUCGUUGUCAAAGGAAAAAUAGGAAUUCACUCAUGAUAAACCUUGCUUCACUCAGCAAAACACAA